GUGGGAGGGGCUACAUUAGAGGGUGUGGCAUUCUCUGCAUAAAAUACUCAGUCUGUCUCUUCGCCCUUACUCCCUCAGUAUCACUCUAUUUUACUUCUUUGCUUGCUGUGAACUCCACACAAAUACAAGUCACAAUGUCUAAAGUUCAGCAGGGCAUGGUAAUGCUGAUUGAGGCCUUUCAUAAGUACUCAGGGAAAGAGGGAGACAAAAAUACCCUAACAAAAGCCGAGCUCAAAGACAUGCUCACUGCAGAGUUAGGCGAUUUCCUGGGGAAAACCAGUGAUAAGGCAGCUCUCGACAAGAUUUUUAAGGACCUGGAUGCGAAUGCUGAUGGUACUGUGGACUUUCAGGAGUAUGUCACCUUGGUUGCCUGCAUCACUAUGAUCUGCCACGAGUUUUUUACUGAGGGAAAAUAAAUGAUUCAUUAAUGGUUAACCUUAAAUUUAAUCUAAAAAGUUUUGUUUGUAAAGAGAUGGUAUCUGAAAAAAAAGAAUAAAACAUUUUAAUGUUUUGAAUUAAACACUUUAUUCUUUUGAAA